AUGGUCACUCGCCAACAUUCUGAACUCGGCAAUGGUAUGGUGAAGGACCCCGCUUCACUGUCCCCAGACUGGGACGUGAAUGAUGGCAAUGGGCGUUUUACGGGUGAGUCAGCCCGACAGACAGCAAGCUGAAGAAGUGCAAGAGCGCACAGAAAUCGCCAGAAUUUCUGCCGAAAGUCAUACUGCACACUCGCGACAAUAAAGGCGUUAACAAAAGGCAGAUUUUAAAAGAGAUAAUGGGGAGGGGUCGGGUAAUAGUUUGGGGUCAUGGAAAGUAAUUAUUGUUGUCAGUGCAAUUUCUGCAACGGCCUGCAAAUGGAUGCUAAGAUUAAACCCCAUAGCUUGUCUGUUGUUAGGCCGAAUAAAAAGGAUUAUGGGCACAGUGUCCAGCGGAUUUCGUAGAUGAGUGCAGGCAACUACGCAGUCAGUGGGACAUCCUGUACCACCAGGCCGUCGGUCGGAAAGAGCCGUUAGUACAAAAAGUCCCCCAAGUUAGCCUACUACGCCGCUUCACCUCCGUAACAAGGGUCGUGUGUGGCACGUGUGGACGGGUCGUUCAGGUUUGCGGCAACUGCGUCCGCGUCACCCCUGUAGUCUUCACUCUGUCCUUUCCUCGGAGCGCAUUGGUUGGGCGGAGGCAGGGGACGGUAUAUGCAGCGCAAGUUCGCCGCUUCAUGAACCGGUUCAUGCUCAGGUCUCGCCAUGUUCCCACCACUCCGUGAGACACUCGGUGGACGUCAUCGUUCGCAAGGGUCGAGCUGUCACUGUAAAAUAACAGGAUUACAGUCGAUGCCUUUCUGCAUCUUUUCAGGUAUAAGGACGGAUUAUAAACUGCUCCGUUGGCAGCCGGAUGCCAGAGGACUGAUCCUGACCACGCUGAGGAUAUCGCCUUGACAGGUCCAAACUUUGUUGAUAAACAGUCUACAAUGUUACAGGUGAGUGAGAUUGUUAAAUCAGUCGGUUUUUACAAAAACGCUGGGAAGACCAAACUGACCAGGAGCCUAAUGCUUGCCAACUUGAAGAAGUAGACAGUUUUAGAUCCCGUCUACUAGCAAAAACUCAAGCAUCCCAAGAUUACAAGCUGGAAGAUUACAAGCUGGAACGAUCAGUACGAAAAAUGCGCAAGUUAAGCUGUGGAGCCUUUAGAACGUGGAAGAUACCGCAUUCAUGUAAGUUAAAGACGUACGCUGUGGACGCAGAGGAGCGGCCGACCUCCACAAAUUCGAUGUGUGUGUGUGUGUGUGUUUGUGUGUGUGUAUGUCACGGCACUCUCACGCAAGUGAGAGACACGCCGUUCAACCCCCGUUGUGUGAAAUCCUGAUGUUGUCUGUAUGGUGGACCAGGUCGUGCCGUGGCGCGCGCAGUCAUGGUCAGUCGACCAUGACAGCCACCGCGCCCAUUCCCCACUGCAGUCUGCUGACCGGCUCGGACAUCGGCUGGGGUGUGGGAGUGGGAAGGGAGAGUGAGGUCGACGACUCAGCGCACUUUCUCCUCACUAUAAACAAUCUGACGCGCUUAAAGCUAUCACGGUGCGCUAAAAGCCGUGGCUUGGAAGGUUGCCAACUGACGGGGUAACUUGGACCUCCUCCUUGACUGGAGGCGGUCUGAGAGUCAAACUGCAAUGGCUCCUUUUUAAUGUGGCCUUUAUGGCACUCCCAUCACAGUGUGGGAUCCGAGCCAGGCGUUGGCGGCACGCCUAGGUGCGGCUUCGGCCGUGCCAGCCUCCAAAUCUCUGUUGUGUGGGUUGAAAUCCUGGUUAUUGUUGUGUGGACCAGGAGGUGUGGUGGAACGCCAAGGUGAGGAUCCGUCUGAGCCAUCCACAUGCGGCCCCCCUCGUCUCCGGUCUUCUUGACUCUGUCUUGACACCGGGCUCGGGCGAGGGUGGAGGAGAGAGUGUAGGUAGAUGCUACGCAAGUCUACCGGCACUAUAAACCCCUGCGUUAGUCACCGUCGCUGCUCCGACUGCUGCUGCAACUGUGGGGCACACGGUGGACAUCAUCGAAAACGAUGGUCGAACUGUCAUGUGUGUAUGUGUGUGUGUGUGCUCUACCCCUGAUCGACAAUAGCCAGCUGCGGAAAUUAGCUAAAACUCCCUUCUUCCUCAGGCUUGCCUAAUUGUAGGCUGAGUGAAGAGAAUUAUCGACACAGCUUCCACUGGAUUUCGCAGAUGAGUGCUUGCAACUGCGCAGUCAGUGGUGCAUCCGGUGUCGCCAAAUAAUUGAUCGGAAAGAGCUGUUAGUACAUAAAAUCUGCCAGGCCAGCCUACUGUGCCAUUUCGUCUUCUGCAUAACAUGAGGCCACUGACAUCUGCCAUUCUGAUCUGCCUGAUAGCCCAGGCGCUGAGUUAUGAAUAUGGCCGCGGCUACGGUGAAGAGGAUCACUACUUGAGUGAACGGUACGAACUCCCAUACGUUCAAAAAUCGUAUCAGCGGCUGCCGUCACAGCAGGAGUUCUCUGUGAUUCCUGAGAGGAGGGAAAAGAGGCCGUACCAGAGGAUGCAACCUAAAAAACCCCAGCAGCGUGGCGUCUACCUUUACGGUCUAAGGGGCAAGAACUUCAAACAACGCGAAUAUCUGUAG